GCAAGUAUGACUCAAGCAGGAGAUGAUUAUCUGAGCUGCUGCGAGCCUCUGCAGCAACAGAGACAAGAAGACUAAGAAGGGUUACUGAGUGUGUUGUGACACUAGCUUUUAAAAUGUGUUUUGAAAUUUGUUUAGAUGGGUUUGCACACCCUGAAAAUGAUUCCUCUCAUCACCUGUGGCAAUUAUGUUAGAUCCACAUCCAAUGAGAAGCAGAUCGAUGGUCUGGAUGGAAACCCGAAUGUCUGCUUCCAACCCCUCAUCUAAUGGUUCAAGAGACCGAUUUUUUGCGGUGAAAUUGUUCUUCAAAAUCUGAAGUGGACAACCCAUAAUUCCUCUGGACACCAUGAACACAUCCAACCAACAAAACUCCAACAACACCCCACUCUGCUACACUAUUAACAAUCCUCCAUUCAACUAUGUGCCCAAUAUUGCCUCAGCCUAUUACUCAUCCAUUUUCAGUGUGCUGGGUGUCACUUCCAACCUCAUCGCCUUUGUGGUUCUCAUCAAGUCGUUCCGGCGGACUCACAGCAGCUCUCGCUCUUCCUUCCUCAUUUUCCUGGGCGGCCUAGUUGUCACAGACUUCAUGGGUCUGGCGGUCACAGGAAGCAUUGUUGUCUCCUUUCAUGUGACACACUUCAACUGGCGCACUUUAGACCCACAUUGCAAUUUCUGCAACUUCAUGGGCAUGUCCAUGGUUUUCUACGGGCUGUGCCCACUACUGCUUGGUGCCGCGAUGGCUUUGGAGCGCUUCAUUGGCAUCACACAUCCAUUUGCACACACCACGCUGCCCAAAAGUAGAACAGUCUUCAUGUUGUUGCUGGUGUGGUUUAUUGCCGGCUGCAUAGCGUUGUUGCCAUUGACAGGAGUUGGGAGCUACCACAUGCAAAUUCCAGGCUCCUGGUGUUUUUUCAACAUUAACUCAGAGGGCAGUGACCUGACAUUUUCAGUACUCUUCUCCAUGGUCGGGUUAGUGUGCAUUGUUGUGUCCUUUAUAUUGAACACCGUGAGUGUUGUGACACUGAUCAAGGUGUGCUGUGGAAAGGAUAAUAUGCAACAUCCUCGAGACCAGGAAGUGGAAAUGAUGGCUCAGCUCAUCCUGAUAAUGGCCAUUAAUUCUAUCUGCUGGUGUCCAAUACUGGUCUUUAUUGCAAAAACUGUGCUGAGUGGACAUCCUCUCCAGGUCGAAAACCUAUUGCUGUGGCUGCGCUUUGCCUCGUGGAACCAAAUCCUGGAUCCGUGGGUGUAUAUACUGUUUCGCAGGGCAGUAUUACAGAGAGUCUACCCACGAAUGGAGUGGUACCAAUGGUCUACAUUAAACCAGUCUUUCAGAAGAACCGUUCGCAGAUUCACUCAUUCAUCUUCACCUGGAAUACCCCUUAGGUCGGAUGAAACGGAGCAUAGUGAAAAACUAAAUAAAACACCUAAUGUACCCAAAAGCCACUUGCUCCUCUUAGAUGGAUAACCUCUGAUUACAAGCUGUUGCCUCUCCACUGCAUAAACCCAAAAUCCAACCAAGAAUAUGUGUCUAAUUCUUCGUCAUAAUAUCUCAUCAAACAUAAAAUAAGACAUGAACCCUUAAAAGUGAAAUUUCAGUCACAUACGGAGGCUUAUUUGUAGACAAUACAUUCUUGGAUAGAUUUUAGAGCAGAAAAGGUUUGAAAACAUUUUGGUUUUGACCCAUAUUUUUUCACAUGUCAUUAGAUAUUUAAGCUUUUGUAUUAUUUGUAAAAUAUUAAUCAUCUUGUCUCAAGGACUCACCAUAACUUGUUUCAAGAAAAUAUACUUUUUUUUUUUAAUUGAAUAGAGCAUGUUUCAUAUCCAAACAUUCGUUGACUGUUUAGACAAAAUGAAUUUCAGCUCCGAUAACACUCAACAGAUUCAAGAAAAAAGAGCAAUGAUGUCCGUUAGAACAUUUCACUGAUAUGAAUGUAUGUAUGUAUGUAUGUAUGUAUGUACUGUAUGAUUAAUGAAGUAAUUAAUAUUUGCAUGAGAGCUAGCAUAAAUUAUUUGAACCCUAAACGUCUGCAACAUGAAGCAAGUGUCAGAGAAUCAAAAAUCAUUGAAUAAUGACGUUUGAUGGAACCUUUUUUUUUUUUUUUUUAAUUGGUGUAAAAAAAAAAAAUAAUUUAAAAAAAAAAUGUGUAAUAAGCACUCUAAUAUCUAUAACCCUUGCUAAAUCCAGAUGUUUUUUUUUUUCAUGGAACCUACAGAUGCAUGUGUUGAAUUGUAUCCAUCAAUUUUUUCCGGAAAAAAAAAAUUCAAAAUUCUGAAUUAGUCUCAAAAUCAUGAAAUUUUGAGUAUCAAAUGUGAUACAUUUGGCUAUAAAGGGUUAAAAUGAUAAUAUAUCCCGUCCCAAUGGGUUAUAUCAAAUAAAAUAAAAAAAAAACAUUUACAUGCCAGUUUCAAAAAAUACCGCUGUUAUGUACAGUAUGUGUCAUUAAGUAUUGUGAUCAAGGGCAUAGGUUUGCAUAGGGACGGUAGGGACAUAACACUGCCAACUUUUCAGGAUGCUCAAAUUGUCCCCACAAACUUUUAAGCAGCCUUAUAUGCAUGAUCUAAUGUGUUCAGUUACAGUAUAUAGAUCAUUUUAGAUUGUCUUCCUAUCUGUUGUAAAGGAUAGGUUCGACCCUUUGAUUAUUAAGUAAAUUAUUUUCAUUGUAUUCAAACAUAUUUACCCCUUUUCACUUGCUGAAUGUGCCGGUCUAUUUCUUUCAACCUCAAACGCACGUUUGAUUGGCUGAUGACUUGACCCACCCCCGACACACACACGCAUGCUCGCACUCACACAGCCCACCCAUGAAUGCAUGUCGACAACAUGCCACCUCCUCCACCCCCUUUGAAGAGGAGGGAUAUUAGAAGUAUUUUUUUCGGCCAGCAUUAGCUACUGUAAGUAAUUUACAAAGACGCCAAUGUUGUGGAGAUGGGAAACACACCACUAAUUUUGCUACUGAAAACCUGCAUCAGAUUUAGCAUAACAUUAAACUGUGUGAAUUUGCCAACAUUCAAAACUCUAGUAGGACGCUGCUUAAAAAGAAGUGUCCUUCUGUUUGUGUUUUCUACUGUUAACGUUAAUUAAACUGUAAGAAAUGUAGUGAACUCUGCUGGAAACUAUAGAACCAGAAAGACGUGAUCAAGAAGCUGCUUACAGAGAGAGGGGUGCUGCAUAACCUCAUACGUUGCUCACACAACAUAAUCAUAAUUAACUAUGUACAUGUUUUACUAUGUCUUCUUUUGUUUUAUAUUUUUUGAUGCCGUGAGCCACCCACAUUAGCGUUGCGAUCGACUGGUCGAUCGUGAUCGACGUAAUAAGCACCCCUGAUUUAGCAUAGCAGUAAAUUAGAUUCAUAUUCAUGAGAAAUGCACCCCUGUUCAUCCAAUUUGUUUGGUCUUAUUAAUGUCCCAUCUCGAGCAAAAAGUGUACAUGCAGGUUAUGCUGUUAUAUCGUGCCUACCAAUGUUGAGACCAAACCUACGCCCUUGAGUGUGAUGUUCUAUAUUUAUACAGGUCCUCAAUGUUAUUUGACUUUAGAUCUUGAAAUGUUUUCUGAAAUUGUGAGUGGAGUUGCUGCAUAAUAAAGAUGAUGAGAAAUGGAAGAUUAAUGUACUGAGACGUGUUGCUUAUUAAGUAUGUUUUAACAGAACAUGUCAAAGUAAAUCAUUGCUAUUAGACUAAUAAUGAUGUGUAACUGUGAAUGAGCUAGUACUAAUUCAUUUUACAUUACAGAGCAUACCAUCACACAUUUAUCAUUAUAGAGCAAGAUAAACUUCCAGUAGUCAUGCAUAAAACUGUUGGAGGUCUUAUCUUUAGUUGAUCAAGAGGAAAUAUGGUGUUACUUUAGCUAGAAGAAUCAUUAAUAGUGUAGUGAACAGCUUGUAUGCUAAUUAAGCCAAUUCGUAUUGCCCCAAAUGCACCAAAGUAAAAUGUAUGUUAUUUACAAAAGUGCACUCACGCUGUUCCUUACACUGUGGUAUCUUUACACAAGAUGGUACUGAAAUUGAGAGAGUUUAUAAUUUUGGAACUGACCCAAAAGCUAAAUGGAAAUUGUUUUUAUUUUAUUUUUUAUUUUUUUUUAUUGUAACAGAGAGCAUGUUUAACUUUGGAAAAUGGAAAAGAAAUUGUUCAGCCCUUUCUUUUUAACAGCACUCAUUAUGGAGAUAUUUACAUGCAAGCUGCUUUGUCUGCAUUGAAACCCCUGGAUGUAAUUUAUCAUUCUGCGCUUCCAUUACUGGAGAUGUGUUCCGAAACCACCACUGUGUUCUUUACAAUGAAGUUGGAUGGGCAGCCUGAAGUGUAAGGAGAGAUCAACACUGCAUGUUUUUUUAAUAAGAUUUUACUUUGUAUUUUACCUGGUUAUCUUUGCUGGGCCAUGUUCCCCCAACCCCCGCAACCUGCUAGCCCAGCAGCAAAUCAAAAAGCCCCUAGAAGACCACCAUAUCUUCUCUUUUUGUCCAAUCUUGCCACAAUACACAUUUUAAGUCAAUUUUUAAAAAACAAAAAAAUCUAAACUGCUUAUUUUAUUUAUGUCCAAAUAUCCUGAGAGGAACUUAAACUUAAAAUCCUUUAAAGUUCUCUGCAGCACUAUCUGACUUCCUGAUUUUGAUCAAAAGUGGAUUGGUAUUUCCUGUUGCAGUUAAUUUCUUACAAAUGCUUUUAGUAAGUCAUUUUCCUUCUAGACCAGGAGGAAAUGACAUUGAACAGAUAAAAUAAUGAGUUAGAAAUAUUUAUUAUUUUUGACAAAAGCAAUCACAAUAUCAACUAAUGAGCUAUUGAUAUUGCUGUAAAUAAGAUUAUAAAAUAAAUUCCAAUUUUAUUGUACACUGUGCAGUCGGCCUCCUCUGUUUGUGGUAACAGGACAUAAUCACGACCAGAAUUGAUGCCCACUAAAAGCGAUAAACAACAUAGCCUACUGUAAUUUAUAGUUGCCUGUAUUAAUAUUCUAAAUCAGAAUUACUGUAUACCCCAAAUUUGAAUC